AGGAGCAGCGGUCACGCUAAUGGUUUAUCAGAGCUGCGUGCUUUCAUUGACUUGCACAGUUUAAUUCUUACACUUUAAUAGUAUUUACAAUUCCUAACUUAAUAUAACAAGCUGUGUUACUAUGAGGAAUGAUUACCUGAAAAUGUAGAUCUGUAUGCAGGUGAAGAGUCAUGGUGUCCGCAGCACGUCAAAUCUUGGGCAUCUGCCUGGCUAUGAUCGGCUUCUUGGGAAGCAUCGUCAUCUGUGGCUUGCCCAACUGGAAGGUGACAGCAUUCAUCGGAGCCAACAUUGUGACCGCUCAGAUCAUUUGGGAAGGUUUAUGGAUGAACUGUGUGGUUCAGAGCACAGGACAGAUGCAGUGUAAGGUCUAUGAUUCUCUGCUGGCACUUCCUCAAGAUCUGCAGGGCGCCAGAGCCUUGGUGAUCAUCGCCAUCAUCGCUGGGGUGUUUGGAAUCCUCCUGUGCCUCGUGGGAGGAAAGUGCACCAACUUCGUGGAAGACGAGGCGUCUAAAGCAAAGGUUGCUAUCGCCAGUGGCGUCAUCUUCAUCAUCGUUGGAAUUCUUGUCCUCAUUCCCGUCUGCUGGACUGCGAAUACCAUAAUCAGGGACUUCUACAACCCUUUGUUGGUGGGCAGCCUGAAGAGGGAGCUCGGGGCAUCGCUUUACAUUGGCUGGGCUUCAGCCGGCUUGCUUUUCCUGGGUGGAGGUCUCCUCUGCAGCUCUUGCCCACCGAGUGAGGAUGUUCCCCACAAUGUGAAGUAUUCUCAAGCCAGAUCUGUGGACAGCAGCAAAGCUUAUGUAUAAAAAGUGAGAUCAACUAAACAAAUAUGUUGAAGAGGAACUGAUUUACACAGUAAGAAUCUCAAAUAAAAAAAUGUCAUUUCUUCAAAUGAAGAUUAUGAACAAAAAAAGAGUAUUGGAAUGUUAAUUGCCACAAAAUAUAAAAGCAUUACACACGUUCAUAUUUUUUCAUUUUAUAUUAAUUCAAGAAAUGUGCAAAGGCUGUGUGCAAACGUUCAUUAAUUGGGGUGAUUCUGUCACUUUUGAUCACCGUUGUGUUCUCAAGACCCACAUUACCCCAUUCAAAAUAUUUUUGUUUAGUGUUUCAUUCAACAUAAUUGCUCAUAUUAUACACUACUGUUCAAAAGUUUGGGGUGGGUAAGAUUUUUAUGCUCAGCAAAGCUGAAUUUAUUCUUUAAAAUGCAGGAAAUAGUAAUAUUGUGAAAUAUUAUUAAAUUUUAAAACAACUGUUUUCUAUUUUAAAUAUAUUUUAUCAGUAUUGAAAACCACUGAUCUGUUUAAUAUUUUUGUGGAAACAUUGAUACUUCUUUCCAGCAUUCUGUGAUGAAUAGAAAGUUUAAAAGAACAGCAUUUAUUUGAAAUACAUUUUUUUUGUAACAAUGUAAAAGUCUUUAGAGUCACUUUUGAUCAAUUUGAUGCAUUAAAUGGUACUGUAAUAAUGUAAUAUAUAUAUAUAUUCAUUAUUCUAUAUUAAAAAUGUAUAUCAAGCAUGCUUUAGUUUGUAGCUAAUCUGUUCUUAUAUGCAGUCAUCAAAUGUCAUUAUCCAGAGGGUUAUUUUCAUAGUUUUACCUCAUAUUAUAGUUAAGAACCAUUAUCUAUAUGACUUAUAGCAAUGUGUACCUAAUAACUAAUAUAACUAAACUCAAACAUUGUGACUAUGUGUGUAUUUCCCCAAACAAAAUAUACACAACUUUCUAAAUAUUCAUAAAUAGUCAAUAAAUAAAUAUGCAAAUAGUAAAGUACGUUAUUGCCAACAUAAACAUGUUGAAAAGUGUGCUUGAGUUUGUGCAUGUUAAGUGUGCAUGUUUAAGUGCUUGAGUUUCUGAUGUUUUUUUUUUUUUUUACAACAGGAAGAGACUGACCUCACUGUUUUUAUUUUCGGUAGGUUUUUUUCCACACUAUGGCACCAAGGUACAAGAAAUGACUCAAAACUACUGUGUCACCUCUUAGGUAUGACGAUGACAGCAAAAUCUAAAUGUAAUGAGCAACCUUUGCUUUCUGGGAAAACUGCUUCGACAUACGCUCUGUGACUCAUCAUAUCUAGUCAUCUGAAACUAAGUAAACAGGUGAGCAGCAAGAUUGUGAAC